UAGUUCAUUAUGAUUAUAUAUCGUGAUAUGUGACGAAAUUCUUGGUGCUAUCGACAACUCUCUGACGAGGAAGGUUCAUUUUUGCAGCCUCUCCUUUUUCAUUGAAAAGUUUAUAGAACAAAGAGAAGCGAUGGCAAAUCUUGUUGGAAAAACCACUGAAUUGGUAAAAGUUGGUAUAACUCAUGCAAGGCCUGUGCUGCAAGUAUGGCUGCAAUAUGCCAAAGUAGAAUUAACACCACCUACGCUAAAAGACAUUCCUGCGAUUCGAAGUGGCUUUUCAAGGUUGAUUCAAUCCGCGAAGACAGGUCGCUAUCGUGAAGUCACUGUACGUGAGGCUGUCAUAAAUACCUUGGUGGCUGCUGAAAUAUAUUGUUGGUUCUUUGUUGGAGAGUGUAUUGGAAAGCGACAUCUUGUUGGAUAUAAAGUAUAAGUAUGCUAUAUAUUUAAUCUCUCAUAUAGAUAAUUCUGUAUCAAUUAGAUUGUUCAUAAAUAUACAAAAAUAUUAAUCGCGUA